AUGGUGGCUCUGCAUCGCCUGCUCAGGUCUUUUCACUGCGGUGACAUUGGCAGCGUUUGGCAGGACAUCACCUCAGCUUGGUCUGGUUGCCGGUGGAGGCCUUUCCCUACCCUUGCCCCCAACCUUGGCCCCCACCAGCGCUGCCCCGGUGCCACUUCUCCUGCCCUUUGGAUAGCCCUCACCCCCAGCACGUGCGCAAGGCAGGAGCUGCACAAGCUGGAGAAGGCAUCUCUCGUUUGUGGCCGCCUGCGCCAGCCUCCUCCCAGGGACUUUGGCCAGGUUGUCCAAGAUCUCUCCGCUCUGGUCCAAGAUGUCAAGGUGGUGAGGCAGAAGACUGCCCGCAUGGAGACUUGUCACGAGAACAAUUUCACCCCCAGCCAAAUAAACAGGCACAUUGUGCUACCAACCCCCUGGAACGACUUAGGGGGAAACAGCUGCUUUGACUGUCAGGACAAAUUCUCUGUUGAGUUUGACCACCUGUGUGGGGUAACCAGCAAAUCCCAGCUGCACAGUGUGAUGCUAGAUGAGAGGUAACUAUGGCGAGAGGCCCUCCAGAAGGGCUUGAAGGCUUAAGUGAGCUGCCACUUUCCUCUAGGGAACUGCUGCAUGUUCAAAAAAAGCCUGGGGAAGAGGCAGAUGUUUAUGGCCUGUAUUGAGGCUCAUCAGUACCAGCCUUAAAAUCACUGGAACAGCCUUUUGAAGUCAGAAUGGACUUUUUCACUGACUCCAUUUACCACUCAGGUUACAGGGAUAUUUCUCCUCCAGAUACAUUACUUCAAAGAUGACAACCUCUAUGUACUUGUCAGCAAGUCUGUGAGUGAGACUCUAAAUGUGAUAGACCAAAGUCAGUUUGCCAUAGAUUUUGUGAAAUUCAUGAAAACUGAGGACACCAAGUUUCAUAUUGCCAUUCUGGACAACAUUCAGGCUUUGUCAGAGGAUAUAUGGGGGAAAAAAUCUGUGGAGGAAACUCCCUGUAACUGGAAUAAACUAUUGAAUGAUCAGCAUCUGAACACCAAUAUCUCCAAUACAGAAGUGUUUCCAUGUUUUCUGAAACACACAUUUUGA